GUACUUUUGUUUGCGAGCCGGGGACCUGCGGUGAAUGCCGACGGGACUUAAAAAGCCCCGUGGAGGUCUGCAGAGUUGCUGAGCUUAUAAAUCAACUUGUUAAUGUUUCAUUUUAUACAAAACAACUUCGGACAAUCGAUGUGCUUUUCAAUAUUUGACUACAUGCUGAAUCCCGGAUAGAUGUGCCAUGUUGUAUCUUGAAUUUUUAUUUGCCUGUUUAUGUUUAUGUUUUUACUCUCUGUCAUUUACUGAGUUAGGAGCCAAGUUCAAUGGCGUGAAUCUUUAAUUUCAGGUUUGAAUUCUAAUUUAUUUGCUUAUUGACAAGUAAGCAAAUGUAAUCUACUUAUCUUUAGCUGGUUGCUACUGUUGAUGCGUCAGUGAACCUGACGAAAAUAUCCAUUAAAGCUCUAACCAGUUCAGAGCCCAUAUCUGGGAGACGGAAUAUCGUCUUUUUUCUGUGUAAAUAGUCCGAAACGACUGCGAACCGUUGGUAAGACGACGCUUGUGCGUUGUUAAGGGCAACUGGUGCAUCCACCAAUCAGAACGCACGUUCUUCUGUCACGUGACGCUCUUUGGACGUUCGCCAGCGUUACAUCAAACAUGGCGAAAAUAGUUCGCUUUUGUUUUAACGCAGAAAUAAAGAUCUGAAAUACACUUUUAUCCGGUUUUAUUGGUUUAUAUUCGAAUGUUAUGGUAUUACAACACAAUGGCGUCCGUGAGCCCUGGACUUUGUUCUAAAAAUACACUUUCGAGAGCCCAGAGAGCAAAAGAAGAUGGGGACAGCGAAUCCACAUCAUCGAGUUUCAGCAGCUCCGACUACAACGAUGACCUGGAACCAGAAUGGCUGGAUGACAUUCAGAAGAACGGGGAACUUUUCUACCUGGAACUAAGUGAGGGUGAGGAGGAGGCCGCAUUGGCUCAGGUCACAGCAAACCACUGUUUAUCCACUAACCACGUCCGCUUCAGUGAAAAGGAGGCCGAGGUCAUCACAGAGCAAACUAACACACAGAGACGCAGCUCACGAAAGAAAGGUGAGCCCACUCUCAAAAAGCUCGCCAGGAUCCUGGGGAGGAAACGGCGUCCCUCUCAGCGGAAAGGAAGUAAGGAUGGCAGUAGAGGCAAAUCAAAUUCAUUGCCUCCAGCUUCCAUCCUAAAGAACCAGCCAGGCCAGCGGCAGGGCAUGACCGUUCAUCAGCGGCGGCUGAAGGAAGCGUGCGUCUACCUGAACCCCAAACGCUUGGCGAGUCCGCCAGCCCCUUUGCGUGACAGAGGAGGACUGCUGGAAGCACUGCUGGGGGUGGUGCAUCGUCCUGCCUGGACUGCAGGUCAGAAAGACCAAUGGGAGGUCCGAACGGAGGGGAGACUGACUGUUCAUGGAUUAAUACCAAACAGUCCAGCUAUAAAAUGUGGUCAAAUUUUGAUCGGCGAUGUGCUCUUAGCAGUGGACGACGUUGACGUGACCUCUGAGAACAUCGAGAGGGUUCUGUCCUGCAUCCCUGGACCCACACAGGUGAAGCUGACAUUGGAGACGGCGGAUCUAGAUCACAGGGGUGGGCCCAGGGACUCCUCGACAGUCCAUAAGAUGAAGGCCUCUCCACCAGUGAGCCAACUGGUGCGCUUAUUAUGGGGGGAAGACACGGCUGAACUCCAGAUGGCCAUAGGACACAUCCCACAUAUUGUCAUGUACCUAUCACUGAAGCUUGACUCAACAUCUCUGCAGGAGGAGGAGGAAAUCCUGUACCAGUACCCAAUGUCUGAAGCAUCAAGCCAGCUGAAAGGAGUGAGAGGCAUCUUCCUUACUCUGUGCGACAUGCUGGAGAAUGUCACAGGUGGACAGAUCAUCAGCUCGUCUCUGUUGCUCGGGAAACAUCUGGUUCACGUUGGCUACUGGAAGGAGCACAAUAACCUGCUGGUUGUCGGCCUUCCUGCUGAGAGGGUUCCUCUGCUGUCUCUGCAGACGGUGGUUGGAGACGUGGUGCGGACAUUAAAGGUGAUGUACGGCUCCUUGGAUAGCGCGUUCUGUAUGGCGGACCAUGCUCCCAGGUUGGACCAUUUCUUCUGCUUGUUCUUCCAGCAGCUCAUCCAGCCGUGGCGCCUGAGGGAAGGCUCCCCACCAUCGCCCGUCGUGUCGGGGAGCCUUUUCCUGGACGGACUGCCGGCGGUCCGAUGGCUUACCUUGCCUCCCGAAAUUAAGAUGGAGGUGGAUACAGUCCUCUCUGAUUUCGAGUCCUCUGACUUUGGAGAAAUGUCAGAGGACUUCUUUGGCUUAAGGCGUCUUUAUGUUAUACUCGGCUCCUGUUUGUUCUACAAGUCCUACCUGAUUGCUAACCAUCUGCCCAAGGAGGACCUGCUGGAUGUGUGUCUGUACUGCCAACACUUCUGCCUGCUGCCUCUGGCGUCAGAGCAGCGAUUGGGUCAGCUGGUCAUCUGGAGGGAAGUGUUUCCUCAGCAGAGAGCUAGCGGAGGCGGCAGUGCAGCGCCAGGCUUCACGCAGCCUAAGGGACGACACUUCCUCCUCAUAGUGGGGCUGAGGCACUUAAUGCAGUGUGUCCUGUUGGAGGCGGGUGGUUGUGCUUCUCCAGCUCUGGCCUCUCCAGGACCUGAUUGUGUUUAUGUGGAUCAGGUGAAAGCCACCCUUCUGCAGCUGGAGGUGUUGGAGGCGGGUAUGGAGGAGCGGCUAAAUGUCCCCUCUGCUCCCUGUCUGUCCUGUGCCGACUGGUUCCUCCCUGCCGCCACAACCCGGGAUCGCCUCGACAGCCUGGCGUCCUCCUCCCCCGUCUUCAGCAGGCUGGCCGGGGCCAUUCGAGGGUCUCCAUCCGGGUCUAGGGGGCGUAGCCUUUUUGGCGAGAGGUCCCGCAAGUCCAGCCCACAGAGGAGCUUGUCGGACAGUGGGAGUGAGGUUCAGAUGGAUGCUGGGUCAGCGGCUCCAGGCCUCAGUCCCAUCUCCACCCCGGACUCAGCGAGAAGGCAUGGUGGGAGACGGGACUCUCUGGGGUCUGGUGGUUCUGAUGGAAGUGGAGGCAGUGGAGGCCUCUUUAAGAUGCCCCGGAUGAAGCACCCAAACCCUUUCUACCUAGGCACCCUGAAGAAGACCCUGACUGAGAGGGAGACAGAGGAAAUGUACAACACCAUAAAACUGUCUUCGGGUACAGAGAACACUCUGUUUCACUACGUCCUGAUGGAGACCGUGCAGGGGAUCUUCAUCGCUCCCACUCACAGAGAAGUGGCUCAGCUCAGCGGCUCCAUCCACCCUCAGCUCAUACGCAACUUCAACCACUGCUGCCUCUCCAUACGAGCCGCCUUCCAGCAGAGUCUGCCAGCAAGGAAUCGCCGUGCAGCAGACCGGCCUCAGAGGUCCUGCUGGGGUCUGGGCCCGGUUAAAGAACACGGGGUUCUGUUUCAGUGCAAGCCAGAGAACUGGACCGACCAGAGGAAACCAGCCCCCACCAUGACUUACUGGGUAAUAGGUGAAUGGAGCUGCAAAUGUACCCGUAUCCUGUGUCAUGAGUGAGCAGGAGGAUCAGGUGGGGUUAAAUCGGGACACCCUCCUUUCCCAGCCUCUUUCAAAGAUAAACAUCUUUCUUUUGUUCUCAUUCCCAGGCGGAUGUUGCUGGAGCCAGUUCCUCAGGAGUUUUAUGUGUGCUUCCAUGACUCUGUGCCGGAGGUUCCUGUGGAGAUGGCCUUCAGACUGUCCUUUGGUUUGGCUUUUUGAUGCUUCGUCCUCAUCGGAGAUGGAUGACGAUAUGAAGAUUUCCUGCGUUUCUUUCCUGUGUGUCAUCAUUGGGGUUUCUGAUCCAACAGUGAGGUUUAUUUUCUCCUAGAAAGGCUUUUACCUUCCAGAUGUCUUUCUACAGAUAAGCAGUGGAGCAUUACAGAGGUUUUUUCAUGUUGAUAAAUGAGAAGCAGACCUCAGAUUCAGAACAGAUUGUUUUUUCUCACCAUGAGUGCAUGGUAAGCGUCUCAAUGAGUGAAUACCUCCUUUCCAUUAUGACCAGCUGCCUUGAUGGUUUUGUGCUGUGAACUUUACAUCUCUACAACUGAAAAAAGAGAAGGAUGCUGCUGCAUGAACCUCCAACCUGUCAGUCGGUGAUGCUAGAAUAAUGUUUUCACUCUUUGUAUGCAAAAUAGUAAAUGUUUGUUGUUAAUUUAAAUUUUUUAGAGUUUUGUAUGGAGAAUUGUUACAUAAUAAAAACUAUUUGACAUUAAAA